GCCAGGUAAAGGUGUGCCAGCAGCUGCCGGUGUUUUACUGGAAGCCUAGUUACAGAAACGCUGCGUCAAAGCUUUAUUGCUCUAAAUUGGAGUAAUCGAUGUUUAAUUCGACAAACGACAUUGUAGUUUCUUUUUAGCUGAGCGGUCAAGAAAACAGGGAGUUGUUCUGUAUUAAUAUGAGGUAAUAAUCAGGUAGAGGUCCUGCAUUAAAGCGCUUCAGGGGCAGUGUAGGGUCUAACACUGUCUGGACUGGAGUCGGGUUUUCCCGCAAAAUAAAAUGGGAAAGUGCAGAAGAGGAGUGUGUUCAGUCUGUCUGUCGGCCGCAGAGUCAGCGAGGAGAUAAACUCCAGUGUUAAAGGUAAAAGAUGACAACCAAACCUUCAGUAGGAUCGUAUCAGCAUGUCCUGCUGCCUCUCUUUCUGCUAUUUUGUUUUGGAGGAGUAUUUUACACCUACUACAAGCCCACUGUGAGCUGGUUCUCAUGCUCGAAUGUUCCAGUCUCCUCACAUGAAGUCUGCUCAGAUGAAUGCCUCAAGGUAUUGACAGCAAACUUUACCCAAAACACUACCACUCAUAACUACACUACGCAAAAGCUACUGCUACCACAACCGACCCCCAAACCAGCUGACACUGAAGAAAACAUCACCUUUUUAAUCUGGACAUGGCCUUUCGGGUAUAAAUUUGAUGUAAAAGCUUGUCCACGGUUUGGUAUUGAAGGUUGUCAACUUACAGAUGACAGAAGCCAAUAUGACAAAGCCCAUGGAGUUUUGUUUCAUCACAGAGACAUUGGUGGUGAUUUCACAGAGCUGCUGAAAAGACCACGUCCUCCACAUCAGAAGUGGGUGUGGAUGAACAUGGAGUCUCCUGAUAAUUCAGGUAGAAAUGAUAGAUUUGAUGCUGUAUUUAAUCUUACAACAAACUAUCGAAGAGAUUCAGAUGUCUGGGUACCUUGUGGGAGAAUCAUAGAAAUAUCAGAGAAGGACAAACCCUUUAAGAUACCACCAAAGGAUAAAUUAGUGUGCUGGAUCGUCAGCCACUGGAAUCCCAACUUCAGGAGAGUGAAAUUUUUUAAUGAACUGAGCAAACACAUCAAAAUAGAAGCUUAUGGUAGACACUUCAACAGGCACAUCAGCAGUGAAGAAUACAGGACGAUUGUAUCAGGCUGUAAGUUCUACUUAUCAUUUGAGAACUCCAUCCACAAAGACUACUUCACAGAAAAGCUGUUCAAUCCUCUGAUUAUCGGCACGGUUCCUGUGGUUCUCGGUCCAUCCAGGGAGAACUACGAGGAAUUCAUUCCAGGAGAUGCAUUCAUUCAUGUGGACGAUUUCAAAUCUCCUCAGGAACUGGCAGAACGUCUCAAAUUUCUGGACCAGAACCAGGAGGUUUAUGAACGCUACUUCACCUGGAGACAACACUUCACUGCUAUAAGGGCACAUUUUGGUCUAGAACACGCUUGCCGAAGUUGUCAUUUUAUAAAAAGGAAUAAGUCCUACAGAGUGUUCAAAAAUCUCAAUAAAUGGUAUUGGGGUUAGCUAGCAUGCUACUGGCUAACAUGAACUUCUGACUGUAGACCCCAACAAGAUGAGCUUUUCCAGAUAAGACAUCAGACCUUUUUUUACUUCCCAGUGAACGGACCAUAAAUUAUUAUAAUCAUUUUUCUUCUAGGGGUUUAAUGAUGCACAUCUCCUACUAUUUUUAUACACAGGAAAGCAUAAAGCUGAUGGCUAAGACUGAACUGAUAGCUACACCAUCACAUUCUCUACUGUUCUACAUUCCCCCCCUUUGCUUUAAAUGCUACAUUGAUUUACCUUCUUCUUCUUAUUAUUAUCAUUAUCAUCAUAAUCAUCAUCAUCAUCA